UCUUUCAAAAUCAGAAAUCAAAUAGCGGAGAAUUAUUUUCCACUUAUUAAUCUAAACCACAAGAGUGUCCCCAAGUUUAAAAACUUCCAAGGUGCAACAUCAUCCUGCGUACCAUUUACUCCUUUGGGCACAUCGCAGGUCAUUAUCUUCAACAACCACCGCAACAGUCUGACCAGUCGCCCGGGAAAUACAUACACGCACACCAUGAUCUUCCAGACCAUGAUGUUCCCUAUCUUUGGCAUGGCGUCGCUUGCCAGCGUCGCACUUGCCCAAGCAUCUGAACGUUCUUCCCUCAAUACUGCAAGGGACCCGCUCAACUGGUGCGGCCAGGGUGAUAAAGCUCAUGGAAUUGGAAGAGAAGACGACUUGGCCGCUCUUGAGGCCUUCUCCAAGCGCUCCUUGAACCCGGAGCAGGACUCUAUUCACGUACCUGUUAAGGUAUUCCUGGUCGGAACGGAAGAACAGCGAAAGUCGGUCAAAAACAAACACGAGAUCCAGCGGAUCGGAACCACCCUCGAGGAAGGCUACGCCAAGCACGGCAUCAUCUUCGGCCCCAUCGAGACGUACGAGGUCGUCAACGACGCAUACGCCGACAUGAACCACAUGGAGAACCGAUAUACGCAGACUCGGAUUAUGCAGCAAUCGCUUCGCAUCGGCGGACCCGAGACUUUGAAUCUGUACAUUGUGCCGAAGUUGAAUAUCGGCCUCCUCGGGUACGCCUCCUUUCCUGAUUUAUUGACAGGCGCCAUCGUUGUCCCGGGAGCGCAAGGAACAUCGUUUGGUGGGGACGGCGUCAUCAUCGGCUACAGCGCUAUGGACGGUCCUCUGUUCAACAAGGCUGUGAUCCAUGAGAUAGGACACUGGCUGGGGCUCUUCCACCCGUUUCAGGGCGGCUGCGCCGUCCCCGACGGUGACUACGUCCCGGACACGCCGCAGUCGCGACACGAAAACUUCGCAUGCAAGCGUAAGGACACGUGCCCUGGCUUUCCAGGCGAAGAUCUGGUCUGGAAUUACAUGGCGUACUCGAUGUGUGACAAGGACCUCUCUUUCACAGCUGGUCAAGUCCUUUUCAUGCGUCAAUCUUGGCAUAGUUACCGCGACCCCAAGACUAGAGACCUUCCUGCAGACGCGAAUGUUCCUAUUCGGACGACACCUAAUAAGGACAUGAUUGUCCGUUCGAGAUUCUCCCAGUAAACAGCCCCUACGAGCCUCAUAACUCUGUGACGAUGGGACCCGCGGCUGGAAUUGAUGUUAUCGGUUCCGAUAAAUUGUUAUGGCUAUCAAGUCGAGCAGUGUGCGGAAUGGGCUGUGAUUCGUGACUCAUUGUUGUGUUGAUGGCCUUGAAGUUUCUUUCAGGAACGAACCUGGCUGGGAAGUACACGAAUACAAGCACUAUUUAGAACCUAAGAACCAGAUAUACUCUGAUGUGAGGCUAUUCAUAUUCAAGCUUGGUACCUUGGGAUGCUUCUGUUUGCUCUCGGCUUAGUACCUUUCAAUCAUCAGUUGACAUUUCAGUUCAAU